CCUGUGUGAGACUAGUACAGUGGGAUAGUGGACUAUGAGUCUGGAUUGUGAGGAGUGUGGUGUCAUUGUGGAAUACUCAUCUUAAGGAUCUAAAAUGAAGAGCUGGCUGGAAAGCAGUAUGGAGGAUGCCUCAUUACCCUGCAUGCUGGGUGAAGGCAGGGAGGCCUUGCUACCCAUCACUGGGAGGGAAAACUUGGCGCCAAGAAAAAGGGAACGAAACUUGGAACCAUGUGCACUAUCAGAAGAGGCGUACCUCUCAAGCGGCGCAGGGUCGCCAUGUGCAGGUCUCUCCCGAGAAGAACGGAGGAGACGGCGCAGGGCGACCCUCAAAUACAGAACGGCUCAUGCGACGAGGGAACGAAUCCGUGUGGAGGCAUUUAACGCUGCUUUCGCUUCUCUACGAAGACUGCUGCCAACUUUACCACCAGAUAAGAAACUGUCCAAAAUUGAAAUAUUACGGUUGGCUAUAUGUUACAUUGCAUAUUUGAAUCAUGUUUUGGACGCAUAGGUUCGUUAUCUUGAACAAUAUAUAUUUUUAAAGCAUCCAGCCAUUAUUGUAAAAAAGGUAAAUUACAAUGGAAAUUCCUGGACGUGUGCAUGUCCUUGGUAUAUUAUGUUAAUUGCGUCGCAAAUCGUGCAUGCCAUAAAGUGAUCUUAAUUACUGUUAUUGUCGUUAAUGGUCGUUAAGAAUGUGAAUGAUAGUAGAAUGAAUCAUUUUAAAGUUUAUAAAUUAUAAUUUAUAGACUUCACACAUUCACAUUUCAGCGUGAUACGACACAUGUAUGCUGUAAAUAAUGCUUAGUAUCUUUAUACUAUUUGUUAAUGAUCUCAUUAAUCUAGUCAUUUUCCUUACUCAAUUGGUUAAUACCAAUUGAAUUUAAGAAGUUUAUAUCAGAAAGUCUUUCUAUAUGUUCUGUGAAAGUACUUGAUUGUCACUAGUGAAUGCUAGUAAUUACUUCCUUCUUAAUUACUAGUAAGUAAGACUCUAAAUGUGUAGCGUACCGUGAAAUUUUAAAAUUAAAUUUGCGAAGUACAUACCCACUUAUGGGUAUACACUCCUUAUCCCAGUUUAAUUAUAUAAUAUGUAUCCUAAUCCUAACUAAUAUUAUAAAUGCGAAAGUAAGUUUGUUUGUUACCUCUUCACGUUCUAUCUACUCGACCAAUCUUCUUGUAAUUUUGCAUACAUGUAGUUUGAAGUAUGGACAUAAAGUACCUUUCAUCCUGGAAAAUUAAUGCGGGCGAAGCCGCGGGGAUUAUGACAUAUAUUUAAGAAGAAGAAAAAAAUCUCUAAAUCAAUGUCUUCCUUUAUUUCAAACUAAGUAAGUACUUAUAUUGUACGAAUGUCAAUCAUUGUUUUGUCUAUUAAUGGGAAGCUACUAUAUUAAUAUGUCUUUGAGUAAGCCUUCUUCUCAAGGACUACUGAAAAUAACUGUUAAAAAUAAAAAAGCAGAUAGGUACUGGAGUUGCGACUUUAAUUAUAUUUUUCCUUACAAAUAUUUUACAUUCUAAAAUAAGUAAAAGAUUUAAAUAGCU